CUGCCGCUUCUCCUCCGCCGUCCCCCCCCUUCGCUUCGCUUCCCCCCAAACCGCCCCCGAUUCAGCGGCGAGCUCCCCGUCACCGUUCGCUGACUCUUCCCACCGGCCGCGCUCCAGAUCGGCAGGGCGGAGGAAGGGAUGGCGUACAUGUGCGCGGACAGCGGCAAUCUCAUGGCCAUCGCGCAGCAGGUGAUCCAGCAGCAGCAGCAACAGCAGCAGCACCACCAGCAGAGGCACCACCACCAUCUCGCGCCGCCGAUGCCGUCCGCCCCGGCGCCCCCGCACGCCCAGAUCCCGGCCUCGCUGCCCUACGGCGGCGCGUCCGCCGGAUGGCCGCAGGCGGAGCACUUCUUCUCCGACGUGUUCGGGGCGUCCGCCGCGGACGCGGUGUUCUCCGACCUUGCCACCGCCGCGGACUUCGACUCCGAUGGGUGGAUGGAGAGCCUUAUUGGAGACGCCCCUGUCUUCCAGGACUCGGACCUCGACCGCCUCAUCUUCACCACCCCGCCGCCGCCCGUCCCGCCCCCGGCCGAGCCCGCCGCCGCGCAGGCCGAGAAUGCGCCGGCGUCGCUCCCCCUGGCCGCUGCCACCACGCCUGUAGCGUGUUCACCUGCGAGCUCCUCGGACACCUCCUGCUCCGCUCCCAUCCUCCAGUCCCUCCUCGCCUGCUCCCGCGCCGCGGCGGCCAACUCAGGCCUCGCCGCCACGGAGCUCGCCAAGGUCCGUGCCGUUGCCACCGACUCCGGGGACCCCGCGGAGCGCGUGGCCUUCUACUUCUCCGACGCGCUCGCUCGCCGCCUCGCUUGCGGCGGCGCGGCGUCCCCCGUCACGGCGGCAGACGCGCGGUUCGCCGCCGACGAACUCACGCUCUGCUACAAGACGCUCAACGACGCCUGCCCCUACUCCAAGUUCGCGCACCUGACUGCCAACCAGGCCAUCCUGGAGGCCACGGGCGCGGCGACCAAGAUCCACAUCGUUGACUUCGGGAUCGUGCAGGGUAUCCAGUGGGCGGCGCUGCUCCAGGCGCUCGCCACACGGCCCGAGGGGAAACCAUCCCGGAUACGUAUCUCCGGCGUCCCCUCGCCGUUCUUGGGGCCAGAGCCCGCGGCGUCUCUUGCCGCAACCAGUGCCCGUCUCCGCGACUUUGCCAAGCUUCUCGGGGUGGAUUUCGAGUUCGUUCCAUUGCUUCGGCCAGUGGACGAGCUCGACCAAUCUGAUUUCUUGAUCGAGCCUGACGAGGUUGUGGCCGUCAAUUUCAUGCUCCAGCUCUACCACCUUCUUGGCGAUUCCGAUGAGCCGGUGCGGCGUGUCCUUCGUCUCGCCAAAUCACUCCAUCCAGCGGUGGUGACCCUCGGGGAGUAUGAGGUCAGUCUGAACCGAGCUGGAUUCGUCGACCGAUUUGCCAAUGCACUUAGCUAUUACCGUUUGGUGUUCGAGUCGUUGGAUGUGGCAAUGGCACGAGACUCUCAGGAGAGGGUGAUGAUGGAGCGGUGCAUGUUUGGGGAGCGCAUUCGGAGGGCUGUUGGACCAGGGGAGGGUGCAGACAGGACGGACAGGAUGGCCGGCAGCAGUGAGUGGCAGACACUGAUGGAGUGGUGCGGCUUCGAGCCAGUCCGGCUCAGCAACUAUGCCAUGAGCCAGGCUGAUCUUUUGCUUUGGAACUAUGAUUCCAAGUACAAAUAUUCGCUUGUGGAGCUGCAACCUGCCUUCUUAUCGCUGGCAUGGGAGAAACGGCCUCUGCUCACAGUGUCGGCUUGGCGGUGAGGUGUUCUCUUUGUAUUUGUUCGUGUGUGAGGAGGAAAUGAUUAGGAAAUCGUUUUGGAGGUUUGUACUAGCUUCGUCCCUUAAACUGUGUUUAGGAUGAUGUUAAUGACUAGAUGGUAUAAUUGGGAUAAUUUAGUUGAAUUAGCUUGCUAGAUGCCUGUUUUGCAGCAUGUUAUAGCUGGUUAAGUAGAGCAAAUUUAGUGCGGAUUGUAUAUGAACUUAGAGCAUGAUCCCUUUAGGAGGUUGAUUGCUCAGAUGAUCUUGGAUGGUAAUGUCAUGUAUGCACAUCAAAUGGAAAGAUUCGUUAGCUUCUCUAA